AUGAAUAGAAAACCUCCACUUGCCGUCUCUCCCCGCCGGCUUCGGCCUCGGCGACCUCCAACCUCCCUUCCCUCUCUUCAAACCCCAACAGUGAAGGCCAGAUCAAGACCUCCAGCUCAGUUCCCCACUCGUCACUCCAUAGCCGGCGAGCCCCUUAUCGGGAAGGAUUAUCCCAUCAUCCCCCCUGAGUUAAUAGAGCUAACCAAGAAAGCCAAGGAUGACUUCACCGCUGGCCAUGAUUCCAUCGUCUGCACCAAACCUCUGUUCGAAAGAGGCAGAUUCUAUGAGUUAUACUCUGCUCGUAGAAACGAGAGGCUUAAAAGGAAGAUGAUGGAGAUCUCAGUGGAGAACGUUGCCCAAUAUCAUGAAGUGGGUGUUGAGAUUUCAAAGAAGAGGAGUUUGAAUAAGGAAGAAACACCGAGGAAGUCAUGUCCGGGGAGCUUUUCGGUGAACCGAGCAAGUAGUUUGAGGUCAUCGGCCCUAAAAAGUACUUAUAAGGAGAGGAAAAAAGUUUCUGUUUCGGGAAUAUCAGCUAUGGCUUCUGUUGAUGUUGGAAAGAAGAUGAUCACUCGAUCUGCGCUGAAGAAGAUGAUUUGA